ACCAAGACCAGUAGGAGCUGCGCGGAUUUCUGAACAAUGAGGACCACCAACACUAAUCUCGAAGCUAGUUUACUUCACACUAACUGGUUUACCUACCCUGAGAAAGCCUUAAACGAAAUGGAAUUGUACUAAACAACAACUAUGGUGUAGAUGAAGCAUUUUCUUCUUCUUUGGACAUAAUUCACAUUGGACAUCGCAUAGGCUACCAGUUGAUUCCAUUCUUAGUUCUCGAACAAUCAUGGCACGUUCGGUUUUACUGUUGCAUGGCACAUUUGCUUAUUAACCAGUUUUGAUGUUUUAUUUUUUAUGCCAAGCAGUUAAUAUUGGACAAUUUGUAGAAGUGUAGAAUAGUAGAGUGACUGACAUCUGGAAUUGAGGAAAAAAACGGUCGCUUCGCAGCGCAUGGACAGGUUGUCAUCGUGAAAUUGGAUUGAAAUUCUAUAUUAUCCUAAUUGUUAAAUCUUUCAAUGGGUUUUAGAUAUUGAACUCUAAAACAUAUUAAUUUGUUUUCAGCAUCUUAAAAAAAGUUGUCAUGGACCUGAUAUAAAUUGAGGAUAACCAUCACCCAUAGGUUUAUAGCCAAGGGAAAAUGUUUACUCGGUAUUUAUGUUCCAACGGGAAUUUCUUUGACCCAGGGCAGGUUCCACAACUGGACUAAGUUCUACAAUGAAGUUAUGGGACACCUUUACCACCUGUUUGGUGCUGCUGAGCAGCGUUCAUACGAGCCCUCUCCGGAACCGACCGUCCACAAAAAGAACACGCGCUUCAGAGAGUCUCCAUGACUUCCCGCCAAUGCAGCUCAGUAUAUUUUCAACCAAAAGUCCAGAAACAGCCGACAGGGAAGAGCGAUCUGUAGAAACACAAUAUAACAUGGUUGAGCUUCAGCCAGAGCAGUUUGAGGAUGUGGUGGAUUUCAUCAAAGUCACUAUCAGUAGACUGAAAAGCUCGCUACACCUGGGCACGGGCUCAAGGAUACGAAUGAAACGAGAGAGAAGGAAAGGAGGGAAGGGAGCAACCAGAGGAAAGGACCAGAGGGAGAGGUCUGGGAGCGGACGAGGGAGAGGGCGAGGGAAAGGGGGCAGAGGACAAGGCUGUCUGCUCAAACAGAUCCACCUGAAUGUGACUGACCUGGGCUUAGGUUAUCAAACCAGCGAAGAAAUGAUCUUCCGGUACUGCAGCGGACCCUGCAGGAACUCGGAAACGAACUACGAUAAAAUCCUCAACAACCUCACCCAAAACAAGAGGCUCCUGCCGGAAACGCCACCUCACGCUUGCUGUCGACCAGUCGCCUUUGACGAUGACCUGUCCUUCCUGGAUGACCACUUGAUGUACCAUACAAUGAAGAAGCAUUCUGCCCGAAGGUGUGGCUGUGUCUGACCUCCAGCCUCUUGUGUCACUAAGAAGAGAGUCAAUAGUAGUGAGAGAACAUGGCUUGGAUCAAAACCAAGAUACAUAUUGUAGAGGCCAUCCUGGAUCCAUUAAAGGCACAUGAAAUGAAAGGGCCUACCAAGGGGCUACCAAUGGCCUACCAAGGGCCUACCAAUGGCCUACCAAGGGCCUACCAAGGGUCUACCAAGGGCCUACCAAUGGCCUACCAAGGGCCUACCAAGGGCCUACCAAUGCUUUGUGUUGUUGAUAGGAUGAUUUACGAGGCAUGCCAUACCUCUCCAUUGAUAAUUAUAUCAGACCACUAACUGAUGACGUCAAAAUCAGGAUGACUAUAUCCCACAACUAACUGAUGACGUCAAAAUCAGGAUGAUUAUAUCCCACCACUAACUGAUGACAUCAAAAUCAGGAUGAUUAUAUCCCACCACUAACUGAUGACGUCAAAAUCAGGAUGAUUAUAUCCCACCACUAACUGAUGACGUCAAAAUCAGGAUGAUUAUAUCCCACCACUAACUGAUGACGUCAAAAUCAGGAUGAUUAUAUCCCACCACUAACUGAUGACGCCAAAAUCAGGAUGAUUACAUCCCACCACUAACUGAUGACGUCAAAAUCAGGAUGAUUAUAUCCCACCACUAACUGAUGAC